AUGCACACAUUAUCCAAUGCAAGAAUAUGAGAUAUUGAACGGCGUCAUCAACACUGGGCUUUUCCAUUUCUCCAACGUCCACGAGACGCCGCCACGCCAUCGGCAUGGGCAGGGCAGCAGCACCACUUCUACCGCGUCCCAUUAUUGCCCAGUUCCAUCUCCAUCCCCACCAUCUCGUCCACCAGUCGUGUCUUCCCUAUCUCCACGCUACCGCACCUGUCGCCGCCGCCUCCGCCCUCUUUGCUCCCGGCCCCACUUCAAGCCCAAGCGUCCGCGUCUCCCGCCCGCGCCGCCACGCCUCGAUGUCCGCCGCCGCCGAUUCCUCCUCCUCCAUUGUAUCGGGUGAUGCAGCGGUUAGCUCGCUCUCGCCCGAGAGCAUCGAGCACAACGAUCUGCUCAUAGUUGGGCCUGGCGUGCUCGGCCGAAUCGUCGCUGAGAUGUGGAAACAGGAAUAUCCAGGUUGCAAGGUUUAUGGCCAGACUGCAACCACAGAUCAUCACAGUGAAUUGACUGAUAUUGGUAUCAUUCCCUCCUUGAAGGGGUCCGUACCGGGUCCAAAAUUUCCAUAUGUUAUCUUCUGUGCUCCUCCAUAUCGUUCUGAGGAUUAUGCUGGAGAUCUGAGAGUAGCAGCUUCAAAUUGGAAUGGAAAAGGCUCUUUCCUAUUCACCUCGAGUACUGCUGUGUAUGACUGCAGUGACAAUGGAUUCUGCAGUGAGGAUUCUCCUUGUGUACCCAUUGGUCAAAGCACUCGUACUGAUGUGCUUCUAAAAGCUGAAAAUGUUGUCCUUGAGGCAGGCGGCUGUGUUCUUAGGCUAGUAGGACUUUAUAAAUCAGAUCGGGGUCCUCAUGUUUACUGGCUGUCAAAAGGAACCUUGGAUGUGCGUCCUGAUCAUAUACUCAAUCUGAUACAUUAUGAAGAUGCAGCCUCUCUUGUAAUUUCCAUCAUGAAAAAGAGAUUACGGAGCUGCAUCUUUGUGGGUUGUGACAACGAGCCUCUGUCCAGGCUAGAGAUCAUGGACCGUGUCAACAGAAGCAGGAAAUUUGACACACAGUUUCAUGGCUUCACUGGGACUGAUGGUCCGCUGGGGAAGAGGAUGGACAACUCCAAAACUCGGGCAAAGCUUGGAUGGCAGCCCAAGUAUCCGAGCUUUACAGAGUUCCUUGGUCUCAGCAAUCUCUAACUUUCAUGCGAUGUCACUAAAUACCUGUUAUUAAAGAUGAAUAUACUGAUACAUAAAAGAGAUGAUGACAGAUUUGGAAGUGGAAUGUUGUUUGCUUAUACCGCAGUUUUCGACUAUCUUUUGAUUUCUUCUGUUAGAUCUUGUAAAGCAUUGCAGCAUGGUGUGGCAUGUACCUGUGUUGCCUUCUAUUCGCUUCUGUUAACUCAUGAAAGCAUUGACUUCAAUACCUGUUAAUUGUUUCCAUGGCUUCAAUCUA